UGCGCGAGGCUGGCGUGUUGGUGGUUUUUGAGAGUUGUUCAAAACGGUUUAUUCUUUUUUUGUACGAAAACAGUGUUUAAAACUCGAAAUGUCGGUAUCAAACGGUGACCUGGCAGCGAAGAUAGAAGAUCUGAGCAGUCUUGUGCCCAACAGACUCUGUGUCGCCGACAGUUGCCGAGAACGCCGCACGAAAAGGGACGAUUAUCUGCCGUGGCAGGACUACUUCAUGUCUUCGGCCUACCUGGCCGCUAUGAGGAGCAAGGACCCCAACACGCAGGUGGGCUGCGUGAUUGUCAACCGGGAGAACAGGAUCGUGGGGACCGGCUACAACGGCAUGCCCAACGGCAUCAGCGACGACGAAAUGCCCUGGGGAAAGACGAGCAACUCACCUGUCGACACGAAGUAUCCCUUUGUGUGUCACGCCGAAAUGAACGCCCUGUUCAACCGCAACUGCUUUGACGUGCAUGGCUGCACGCUGUACUCGACGCACUUCCCGUGCAACGAGUGUGCCAAGAUGGUGGUGCAGUCGGGCAUCGGCCAAGUUGUCUACCUGCAAGAUAAGCACCCCAAAGACGCCCCUUACGUUGCAUCUAGGCUCCUCCUCACCAAGGCAAAAAUCCCCUUCCGGCAGCACAUUCCGAAGGUGAAGAAGAUAGUAAUAGACUUCGAAAACUUGGCUGCCAUUAAAUUUCAAAUGGUCCGCUACCCACUAUCUUUCGAAUCAGAGCCAAUCAGAGCUCGGCUUUUUGAUGACGUCACCACAAAAUUGUCGAAAGCGUGCCAGCUGGGAUGUAGCGAUGGGCCGAACUUUUGCCGAAUCGAGAGCCGAACCUUGAAUGGUAAGAUAAAUGACCAUUUACCUCACGUGGUGAUGGGUUAUGUACUAGGCGUGGCUGCCAACACUUUGCUGAAUAACUUGUGCAAACGAGAGAGCAACAUGAUUGCUGAUGCCAAAGCAGCAAAACUGAAACCGAAGACGCUUCUGGCAUAG